AUGUCUCCUCGAAGCAAACGUUUGAUGCAAUGUAUGACUUUAUUAAUUCAGCAAACAUUAGCCCAACAACGACAUGACGAUAGAAAGUCUGAAGAUGAUAAAAGUAAAGGUAAGGAGAAAGAAACGACUGACACCUCAAAACCCAAUACUGACCGAGUCUCUUUUAAAACCUUUCGUGGUAGCUGUGCUACUGAGUUCUUUGGGAAGGUUGAUCCGUUGGAGGCACUUGAAUGGAUAUUGAAUACUGAGAAGGUCUUUCGUAUCACCCGAGUGCUAUGUGAUGAUAAAGUGAAUUAUGCCACGACCAUGUUCAAAAGUAGGGCCUUGAUAUGGUGGAAUGCUACUUUUGCAGCUUUAGGUGAAACUGAAAAAGAAGGUAUGCCUUGGGAGUCUUUCAAAACUCGUUUUAACAAGCAAUAUUGUCCAGUUGAUCUACAAAAACGAUUGGAGAAGGAGUUUCUUGAUCAUAUUCAAGGAAAGAUGUCAGUGGUGGACUACGAGACCGAGUUCAAUCAUAAAGCACAGUUUGCCACAUGUUUCUUGACUACAGAACAGGAACGUGUAGACCACUUUAUAGACGGAUUGCGAUCAGAGAUUCGAGACGUCGUCGCCAAUCGUGACAUUUCAGAGUUUGAGAAAGCGGUGGAAUCUGCACGACGGCGCGAACACGAUUUGACCAGCUCGGAUCGUAAUCUAGCUCCGCCAGCCAAACGACCUCGAAUUGAAGGUGCCAUAUCUGCACCAACACAUCAGUUUUCUAGGAAUUUCAAUCCGAGAUAUGCUCAAUCCCAAGCUAGAUCGCGACCUCAAUCUUGGUCCCAAGCUUAUAGCCUUCAGUCAAAUGCUCCUCCACCCUGUUCUAUUUGCGGUAAGGCUCAUCGGAGCCGAUGCAACACUGUUCGCCCUGAAGUUAGAUGUCAUGGUUGUGGUGAAGUUGGACACUUGAGACCGAACUGCCCAAGGAGGGAUAUGACAUGCUACUCAUGUGGUGCUAUAGGCCAUCUUCAAAGAGAAUGCCCUCGAUCUAAACCUGAGGAAAGUAAGGCUUCUGUUCGCCGACCUUCUACUAGUGGUGCUGCUCGUCAAAAAAAGGAGGUACCGCGCGUCCAGGCCAGAGCUUUUCAAAUCAUUGCUGAGGAAGCUCGAGAUAAGCCGGAUGUGGUUACGGGUAUAUUUCUCGUUAAUUUUCAUCCCGAUCAUAUCUUAUUUGAUUUUGGUGCUACUAAUUCAUUUGUUUCUCAUACGUUUGCUCGAUGUUUAAACUUUGUGCCAUAUGUGCUUGCUAAACCUUUUUACGUUGACACUACUGAUGGCACAUCUAUGCUAGCUGAUAAAGUUUACAAAGAUUGUGUGUUGCAAUUAGAUGAGCAUGAGUUUUUCGUAGAUCUUGUACCGAUGGAUAUCCAUAGCUUUGAUAUAAUUAUUGGUAUGGAUUGGUUGGCUAAGAAUCRGGCUGAUAUUUUGUGUUUUCAACGCAUAAUCCGUAUACCGAACAACGUCGACUAUUUAUAUGUUUACGAUGAAAAGCGUAAAGGGGACGUAAAGUUGAUUUCUACACUUAAAGCUCGAAGACACCUAUCUAAAGGUUGUUCUUCCUAUUUAGCCUAUAUUUUUUAUGCGUCGAAAAAGGUAAAGAAAACAGUUAGUGACGUACCGAUUGUGUGUGAAUUUCCGAAUGUAUUUCCCAAGGACUUACCCGGUUUACCUCCUGAUAGACAAGUUGAAUUUCGAAUUGACUUAAUUCCUGUUGCAACGCCGAUUGCUAGGACGCCAUAUCAUCUGGCUCCGGCUGAAAUGAAAGAAAUGUAG